CAAACUCGAAGGUUAAAAUACACACCUGUUUCAUCUGCACGACGUACAAGCAAAGAACUAUUCAAAGCAACAUUCAAAUAACAUUCAAAUAAGAUAUCGACCUUACCAACAUGGCGCCCGCCGCACGGCGUUUCCUGCUUUGAUUGCGAAACGGCUGCAUAAAUUCUCCUUCAAAAUAAAAAAAAGUCAAACGCCGGAUCAGCCAGACUUCACCGAAAACAUGUUUUCAGCAACGAUCGCGCGAAAGGUCGUUCAUUGUGUUUGCCGGACAUCUUCACUGCGCCCAGCUGUCAGUACAGUGAUUUCUCGGGGAUACCGUGGUGAUGCCCCAGACCCGACCAUCAUCGAGAUCCCUCUGCCUCCGUGGCAGGAGAGACCCGGAGAACCCCUGGAGAUCAAGAGGAAGAGACUCCUAUACGAGAGCCGCAAGAGAGGCAUGCUGGAGAACUGCAUCCUCCUGAGUCUUUUUGCCAAGCAGUACCUGAACACAAUGAGUGAAUCUCAGUUAAAGCAGUAUGACCGACUCAUCAAUGAACCCAGCAACGACUGGGACAUCUAUUACUGGGCAACAGCAGAGGCUCAGCCCACGCCUGAUGUGUACCGGGGAGAGGUGAUGGACAUGCUCAAAGAGUUCACCAAGAACAAGGACAUGGAGCAGCGGCUGGACGCCCCUGAUCUGGAGUACCUGGACAAGAGCAGUUAAAACUGACCUUUAGUAGAGAAGCAGGACUGAGCUCAUACGACACAUUCUUAUUUAAGAGCACGGACGCCUGAGACCCAUUCAGAGGCGUUUUAAAGGUGCCUGGGAUUAAUUGGCAUGUAUGCAUGAAAUUAUGCAUAAAACUUUUGUCAUCAUAAAAA